AAGUUCCGAGAGUGACGCCCCUUGACUGCACGUGGACUUUGUUGAUAUGUCGAGAAAUUAAUACUAUGUAUUUCCAAAAGUGACGCAUCAAACUUGAUUAUUUUAUUAUCAGCCGAACGUACAUUAAUGUUAGUAAGACUUGCAUAUUGCAUGUGGGAUAUGCGCUUUCAGCAGAAACGAUGGGAAUGGUUGCAGGUCGCUUAUUCGUUCUGUUUAUUUUGACUGGAUGUUUACAUGUGUCAUUGGCCACGCUAUCCAAAAGUGAUAAGUCAAAGAAGAACAAAGAUGGCAAAAAGAGUAAAGUGAAGAGCGUGUUUGAGAGAGGCUUGGUGAAAGAAGACACUACCAUUAAGGAGAUCAUCAAGGAUCAUGCUCUGUAUAGUCAGUCCCACGUGGAGAACAAGGCAUUUGAAGGAGAAACACUAGCUUAUGUAACACCAUGGAACAACCAUGGUUAUGAUGUAGGGAAGAUAUUCGGCAGCAAGUUCUCCUAUGUGUCCCCAGUAUGGCUGCAGAUCAAACGAAAACCAGGGGGUGCGUUCUUCAUGCAGGGCAGCCAAGACGUUGAUAAAGGAUGGGUGACUGAUGUGAUUAAAGGAAGAGACACAAAAAUGGUGUGCCAUGUGUUGUUUGAUGGGUGGAGCUACAAUGACUACCAGACAGUGUUUGGUAGUGAGGAUCUGAUAGAGGAUUGCAUCAACACUAUGCUCAAGUUCAUAAAGAAACAAGGAAUGUCUGGUGUUGUGGUGGAAAUUUGGUCUCAACUUGGAGGUCAUAUGAGAGAAGAACUGGUGCACUUCCUCACUCACAUGGGAGAGAUGUUCCGGGCAGAGAACAAGCUCUUCAUCCUCGUCAUCCCUCCACCCAUGUAUGGAAAAGACAGGCAAGGUCUGAUCUCCAGGAAGGAGUUUGAAGCUCUGGCUCCAUUCGUUGAUCGGUUCAGUCUCAUGACCUAUGACUUCUCCAACCCUCAAAGACCAGGUCCUAACAGUCCACUUGUAUGGAUGAAAGCGUGUGUGGAGAUGUUAUCUCCCCCUGAUUCAGCCCAGUAUAGAGACAAGAUACUACUGGGACUCAACUUCUAUGGCAAUCACUAUGGCCCAGGAGUUGGGGAACCAGUUUUAGGAAACAAAUAUAUUGAAAUUCUUAAAACCAAGCCAAAGAUUUCAUGGAGAGAAGAUAUUGCAGAGCACAUAGUUGAAUUCAGCAGCAGCACCGGACAGCAUGUGGUGUUCUUCCCUACACUGCACUCAAUCCAGAUGAGGCUGGACCUUGCCAAACAGCUGGGGACUGGUAUCUCCAUAUGGGAGGUGGGGCAAGGACUGGACUUCUUCUAUGACUUGUUGUGAUGGGUGAGGCUCAGCUUUACACGGAGAUGGACACCGUGAUCUUGCUGUGGGAAGUGGGGCAAGGACUGGACUUCUAUGACUUGUUGUGAGGGGUGAGGCUCAGCUUUACACGGAGAUGGACACCGUGAUCUUGCUGUGGGAAGUGGGGCAAGGACUGGACUUCUAUGACUUGUUGUGAGGGGUGAGGCUCAGCUUUACACGGAGAUGGACACUGGGAUCUUGCUGUGGGUAGGAUGACAAGGACUGAACAUCUAUGACUUGUUGUGAGGGGUGAGGCUCAACUUUGACACUGAUAAACACCAGGAUCUUGUUGUGGGUAGUGUGACAAGGACUGGACUUCUAUG